AAGAAAUCACACACCACUGGCCGCUGUAGAGAUGAUCCUUCACACCAUUCCCUUCUCACCCAACAUCGCGCCACGUGGCCUAAUCACAUCGCGUUCUGAUUCUUUUCCAACCCGAGUCAACUCAGAUGCUUCAACCGCCGGGUCACUCGCGCCGGACUCGUUCUGUUUCAGCGGCGUAUGUUCGUGCGGAAGAAGGCGCUUCGUUGAAGCAGCAGUGGCCACAUCAUUAUUCCCAAUUUGCCCCUCCACCUCCAUCGCUUCCAAAUUGCCUUCUGAUAAUUAUACGACCAUAUUAGAAGAAGUUCAUCCUCCAAGACCAGACUGGUAUGAAGAGUUCUAUGCAUCAGUCUUGAACACCUCCAUGCAAUCUUAUGAAGACGAGAUUGCAGGUUACAAGGCAGAGCUAUUCGCUGAAUUGAAGGGAAAAGCUCAGCAAGUGUUGGAAAUUGGUAUAGGGACUGGUCCUAAUCUUAGAUACUAUGCUGCUGAUAGUGGUGUCCGGGUUUUUGGUGUGGAUCCGAAUAUAAAGAUGGAAAAGUAUGCUCGGGCUGCCGCCGUGGCUGCCGGUCUGCCCCUUUCGAAUUUUGAGUUUGUACAAGCAGUUGGGGAGGCUAUACCAUUAGAUGAUGCUUCAGUUGAUGCAGUUGUGGGAACCCUUGUAUUGUGUUCUGUUAAAGAUGUUGAUAAGACUCUGAAAGAGAUAAAGAGAGUGCUGAGACCAGGUGGAGUUUACCUGUUUGUGGAGCAUGUGGCUGCAAAAGAUGGAACACUCCUCAGAUUUACACAGAGUAUUCUUGAUCCUCUGCAACAAACCCUAGCUGAUGGGUGUCAUCUCACCAGGGAAACGGGAAGGAGCAUAUCCAAGUCUGGCUUCUCAGAUGUUAAGCUUAGCAUGACCUCCUUGUCCAGUGCCUCCAUCAUAAACCCUCAACUCUUUGGAAUAGCUUGUAAGUAACAAUAACAGAAGGCCACAGAAAUAUUCUCAAACAGUUGCAUACUCCUCUUAACAUCAUCAAUAAGAUGCCCAUCUGGUGCAAAAGACUCCUCCUCAUCAAUAAUUAAGUUAUUAAUUAGCAGUCUGAAAACUUGAUGAGGAGCUCAACCAGAGAAUCUUGGAUUGUGUUUGUUAUUAUUGGAAUAAAUUUGUAGUUUUGGUUGGCCAUUA